AUGCAGAGCACAACCAACAACAAAGACAAUGACGACAGCCCUACAUUGCGACAGGAGAUUAGUUUUACAGAGGACAGAGGCGAUGCCGCCUCCUUUAAAAUGGCCGGUUUAAGUCUCCGUUCCAAAUCAAUUGCGCCGUCAUCACCGCCACUUCCAUCACAAUGCCGGCCUUCCGUCCACCUCCAGGCCACCCAAGACAACGACAGACACAAUUCCCUACAGGAAGACGACUAUGACUCAAGCGCCAUACUACCUCCCCUACCUCCAACGAUCCGUAUAUCCAACAACGAUGACGAAACCCAAAUAAUGGCUGUUGAUGAUGGCGAUGAGAUCAGCAUACCGAACCAGACCUUGGUGGAAGAAAGGGAAAUGCAUCGCAAGUUGAUGGAUGUGGAAUCGAGCUUUCUACCCGAGCCAUCUGCAAUUAGACUCGGCGAGGGCAGUGCAGGCAUUGACGAUACAUUCCUUGUUGGAGUGGAGGCGUCACCCUUGGGGCAGGAUGGCUUAUCGCCGGUACUCUCUCCAUUUCCGCCCACAAACGCGUACGAACAGCGUGGGAUCGAACACAAAACGAAUCUAGAGCCAUCGAUCUUCGACGAGGAGGAGGACUACGCGCAAAUUUCGAAUGCCCAGCUGUCUAUGAUAGGUGAUACAUCCGUGGACACGACCACAUUAGAAACCAUUUCAUCGUCCCCGACUGCUGCGGCGGCUGCCAGAACCAUAAUGCGCGCUCUUUCCGCGUCAACCACAACCUCCGGUGGAGCUGUGGAUGACCAUGCAGAGGAACAUGGCGCGGUGGAGGGUGUUGCGAAUUCUGGUGCGGAGGACUUAGAUGUUACACCACGACGAAGUGUUUCGUCUCGACGAAGUUUACCGCCUAAAUCUCUAUCAAAUUCGCAGCGUGGAAACGCUACGGAUGGGGAUAUAAGUGAUGCUGGACAGUCCCAAAUUAGUGUAGGUACAGCACCAGAGCAUAGACGGAAACGGUCCAAGUAUCUCACCAGCAGGCACUUGUCACAUCGCUAUUCAGUGUCAUCUGUGAAUACUGAUACGACUUCCAGUGAUGCUACAAUGGGCGUUGACUAUGCUCUGCAAUCUGGAGGAGCAGUUCCAGCCAACACCGAGAUCAGGCCGCACAGAGACAGAAGGCAGCAACAAGACUUGUCUAGAUCCACAAGUCUGGGUAGCAUGGCGUCUGGAAUUUCCGGGCUUAGCGACGAUACGCCAGUUGAGCGGAGAGGGCUUAGUAGCCUCUCCGAGCCCAAUCUGCAUACCCUAGAUGAAGAGGAUGGCGUUUUACAGUCACGACCAAAUUCGUCACAGACGGCUAAGAAAGACGAAGAUGCCGCACCGAUGACUCCAAAAGCGAAAGCAACCGAUCUAUCAUUACCAACUGAGACUGUUAUUACUCAACAUGUUCAGGAUAUCCAAGUCCCAAGUGCAUUUGCUCGCCAGUUUCGCGAGAGCAAUGUCAGCCUAGGGCUGUCUCCCGACAAGCGUGGUGCGCCUACUCCUGGCUUUAGUCGAGGAAAAAACAUGACACUUAAAGAGCAAAGUAGCACUAUUGAUAGACUAUCGAAAGAGAACUUUGAUCUAAAAAUGCGAAUUCAUUUUUUAAACGAAGCGCUUAACAAGAGAUCCGAGGAAGGUGUAAAAGAAAUGAUUUCUGAAAAUGUGGAGUUAAAGUCGGAUAAACUCAAAUUGCAAAAAGAUAAUCAAGCUUUGAAGAAGAAGAUCCGAGAGCUGGGGAAACAGCUUAGAGACCGUGGGGAUGGGGAAAAGGAUGAGAGCAAAGAUGACGGUGCUUCGGGGUCCGAAGAAGAACGAGUGACGAUGGAAGAGGAAGAAUUGAUAUAUCUGAGAGAGAGAAUCGAGACGUAUGAAGUAGAAAUAGAGAAAAUGAGGUCUGAGAACAUUGCAAGAGAGAGCGAGAAGAGAAGACUGGCGGAAAUGGUGAAAUCGCUAAGCGAGGGGAGAGCUGCUGGUUCCGAUGCUGGCGCUAGGGAGGAAAGGGAUAUGUGGAAAGAUAUGCUAGAUGCCGAAACAGCUGCUCGUGAACAAGCAGAGGAAGAAAAUCGACGCCUUCGUGACGAAAUGUUAUGUAUGAAAGAGGCAGAUGCGGCUUCGACAAGCUUUUCAAGGAACUCACGACGUCGCGGAAUGUCCUCUGUCAUAUCACAUUCCGACAUUGAGAGAGAUUUCGCCCGCAGCACACCUCGAGGAGCCGUAUCGCACAAUAUAACUGUUGAAUUGGAACUCCUCAAACAAGAGAAUGCUGAACUACGCCGGGAGGUUAGUGCCCAAACUUCUAUGCUUACUUCACGGAAUCGUGAGAAGGAGCGUCUUUACCAAGAAAUCGAGGACUUAAAGCUGCAGCGACGUUACGACAGUCGUUCGAUUGCAGGAGACAGUAUCUUUGAACGCUCCGCAUCUCGGGCCCAGGAUAGAUCCAACUCGCGGGCGAGUGACGGAACAAGAGUGUCCCGAUUAAGUGAUGCGGAGCGUGAAUCUUUAGAAGGAAAGAACGGAGAGCUUCGUGAUCAAGUUUCUACCCUCCGACUUGAGAACCAAGGACUUCGGGCACAACUGGACGAGUACAUGAAUGAAAUUGAAAGCAUGGAUCACGCAUAUCAAGAAGAUAUGAACAGGGCGGAAGCUGAGGUUCAAAAUCUUCAGCUAGAACGACAUCAAGCUCUCCAGCUUGCCGAAGAGAGGGAGGCUGAGCUUCAAGACUUGAAAGCAGAAGCUCAACACGAAAUUGACUCUUUAGAGGAUGAACUUGAACUUAAAAUAGAUGACGGUCAGCGAAUGGAAGCCGAAUUGCGUACCCAGCAGGAAAAUCUCAUAGCACUACAAGCAGAGAUGCGAUCCGCAAACGAAGGAAUUCUCAGGUUAGAAGAAGAUGCGCAAAAUAAUUUACAAAAGUAUAAAGCGGUUCACCAAGAACUACAAGAUGCGAACCGCGAGCUUGAGUCCCUGGAAAAAAAUUUAUUUGAAUCAAAUGGAAAAGUUCAACGACUUACAGUGCAGCUUGAGUCAAGCCAGAAUGAGAUAGCAUUCCUCCGCGAAGAGCAGGACGGGGACAAGAUCAAGAUUGGUGACCUAGAAUCCGAACUAAAGACGACCCUGGUAAAUCUACAAAGCGAGAAGGAGCAGACCAGGGAGCUGGACCAGCGACUUGCGGAAGAACGACACCAACGUGAAGUCGUCGGCAGUAAAGAGAAACAAGAAGUGCAAAGGAUCAUGAAUGAUUUGAAUCGCGAGAAUACAGGCGUCAAGGAUGACAUUCGGAAGCUGAAAAAAGCCCUUUCGGCACGGGAAAUUGAAGCAAAUACGUGGAAAGAAAGGCUGUUUGAACUUGAGAGCAGUCUUCGGGAAGCUUUGGGUGAUUUGAAUGGAACCCGGUCAAGUUUGUUGAUGUCAAUCACGAAAUUACAAAAGGAGCUAGAAUCGACUACGCUUGAACUGCAGAGUACCCGCGACAAGCUUGACGAGAAGGAGGCUCUUCUUCGGAAUCGCGACGCUCUUUUGGAAAGUCACGGUCUCGAAACUCGUAAGCUGGCAGAGCUAUUGGAACGGGAACGCCAUGCACAUCGCGCUGAUAAGCAUUCUUUCGAACAAGCCCUCAAAUCCCACCAACAAGCGUCACGGACAAUUGCCCAUAGCAACACCCGAAUUUCUGACUUGGAAAAUGCUCGUGGCCAGGAUCGUAAGCGAUUCAAUACCCUUGAACAGCAAUAUAAAGAUCAGCUGAGCGAGAGGAAUUCCAUGUUCCUUGCCCUCUGGAAGCGUCUCUCUGCCAUGUGUGGGCCAGAUUGGGCCCAUUCCAAUAGCUUGAUUAAUGGUAACCUUCCAAGCCAGGAGGUUAUUGGCAACAUGUUAUUUUGGCCCGGCUUCAGUAAGAAUUUGCUGCUUGCAGUCAAAACACUGGAGCAUCUGACUCACGGUUUCAAAAGCCGGGUCAAGGAUGUUGAGCGCGACUUAACCAAAGCCUACCAGAACCUAGAGCACACGUUAGGCAUACGAUUAAAAAAACUUGAUCGGUUAGAGGAGCUAGCUAAUCAAAUACGAACUCAAAAGAGGCCGCUAUCAAUAAAUUCCACCAAUGCAGAAAUGUCUAAGCUGCGUGGUGAGAACAGGCUCCUAAAGGCCGAGCUCAAUCUCCUACAAUCUCACUCACGAUCUCGAGGGUCGGCCACCACAGCAGCAGCUGCAGCCGCCGCUGCGAACCCUCAUCCACGAUCUACCCGAAGCGGCAGUACUGUGUUUCGUGGUACCGGGAUUCCACAACCAACGCACCAUUCGCCGUCAACGGCACUCUCUAACAGUGCUGCAGGCCCGGUCGCAGGGGCCACACCCAUGCAGCCGCAACGUACAUCAUCUGGUAGCGACCGGUCAGAAGAAAAGUGGAUUCAGCGCCUUCGGGAACUAGAGAGGCGAUUGAAAGCUGAGCGUGAAGCUAGAUUACUGGAUCGUUCUGGGGCCAGAAAGCGACUAGAAGAGCGCAGCGCAGAGAACGAAGAGCUGAAAGCUGCCUUGGAACGGGAGAGAAUGACUAAAGCGCCCACAAAACCCUCUGACCCUGCCGCGGUUGACGGUGUGGAAGAGCGAACCCGUGGUUCAAAGGAGGCAACCUCUGCCCGAAACAAACCUGGCAGUAGGAGAAUCCAGUCACAGAGCCCAGGCCAUGAACCAGGCCUUGAUUUUGAUAGUAACGGGAGACAUGGCGAAACGGUCCUCGGGGACCGAGACUAUGACACGUCACAACGCCAGCAUCAACAUCACCCUCGCCAGCGAAGAGAAGACACAUCUGAUGCAUAUGAUGCAGAAGAAGAUGAAGAUGAUGCAACAGGGACUGGAACGUCUGAUGGCGGUGGUCUCUGCGUCGAAGUUGAAGUUUAA